AUGAACGAAUUUACUCGAUGCGAUAUGUGUCGAGCCCGUUUACGAGCGUUCACGUUAUCGGAAGAUCAAACAACUUGGCUAUUUCCUUGCUUGCAUGCCUUUUGUACUACUUGCAAAGCAAAAUGUAUUGGAAGUAAUGCUCCAUCAUAUGCGAUUUGUCACAUAUGUAAAAGUGAAUUCCCUCAGUCGCACAUUUGGAGUCUUCCAAAUUCUUCAGAAUGUAGUGCGCCAGUUAACUUAAAUUUCUCUUUUUUCUUUGGUGGGCUUCCACGUGAUAUAAAAGAACUGGAUUGUAACCUUUGCCUCAAGUCUAAAGAAAUUCGAACAGGGUUGGACCUUGGAAAGGCAAAGAGAAGUUUUUUGGAAGAAGGUGCCACCGCUUUGGAGUUAUUGCGAGAUUGA